CAUACUAACUAAAACGUAAGCUCUCUCCCUCUCCUCUCUCCCCCUCUCAUCUCAACUUCACAGUUGCGUGCCUACUUGGACAUUGGACCCACCGUCCCAGCUCAUUUCUGAAUUUGUGAGAGUGAGAGUCUGAGAGUGGAAGUUCACAGCUUUAUACUAUUACUCCUCACUCUCUCUCCUCAGAGUUGCCCAUUCUCUCUCUCUCCCCUCGUUGUGGCCCAAUUUGGAGUUGCCUGCAGCUACAUUCUUCCCUUUCCAGUCUCCAAGCUGAGCAGUGAGCUCCAAAAAUGGCAGCCACCACUAGCUUCCCCUACUCCUCUGCAAUUUUCCUUUCAAUUCUCAUCAUUUCAGGGUUCAUGUUUCCAGAAACGGUAAAUUCAAUGGGGAUAAACUACGGCCAAAUCGCCAACAACUUACCCUCUCCCGACGACGUCGUUCCGCUGGUGAAAGCCAUCGGCAUCUCCAAGAUCAAGCUCUACGACGCCGAUCCCAAAGUCCUCAAAGCCUUCGCCAACACCGGCGUCCAGUUCAUAGUGGGCCUCCCCAACGAGUACCUUGCCAAGGUCCAGGACCCGGCCCAGGCCCAAUCCUGGGUCAAGUCCAAUGUCCAGGCCCAUCUCCCCGCCACCAACAUUACCUGCAUCUUCGUCGGCAAUGAGGUCCUCACCUUCAACGACACGUCGUUGAGCAACAAUCUCCUCCCGGCAAUGCAGAGCGUCCACACCGCCCUUGUCGGUCUAGGCCUUGACAAGCAAGUCGCCGUCACCACCGCCCACUCCCUCUCCAUUCUCCAGACCUCGUAUCCGCCGUCCGCCGGCGCUUUCCGCCGAGAUCUGACCGGCUGCAUCACUCCGAUCCUCAAUUUCCACGCCAAAACCGGAUCGCCGUUCCUGAUCAAUGCCUACCCUUACUUCGCUUACAAAUCGAACCCUAAGCAAGUGCAGCUCGAGUACGUCCUCUUCCAGCCGAACUCCGGCUCCCUUGAUCCUGCCACCAAUCUCCACUACGACAACAUGCUGUUCGCCCAGAUCGACGCCGUGUACUCCGCCCUGGGCUCCCUCGGUUUCAAGAAGCUCCCGGUCCACAUCUCCGAGACCGGGUGGCCGUCGAAGGGCGACGAGGACGAGGUCGGAGCGACGCCGGAGAACGCGAAGAAGUACAACGGUAAUCUGAUCAAGCUCAUUUGCCAGAAGAAGGGCACGCCGCUCAGGCCCGGGUCGGAUCUCAACAUCUACGUGUUCGCCCUGUUCAAUGAGAACAUGAAACCCGGCCCGAGUUCAGAGAGGAACUUCGGGCUGUUUAAACCCGACGGGUCGCCCGCGUACUCAAUCGGGCUCUCGACGGGCAACAUUUCCUUUGGAAACUCUAAUUCAAGUUCAAGUUCGGGUUCGGGUUCGGGUUCGGGCCAGGGACAGGUGAAUCCGAUUAGUAAUGGUGGGUCGCCGUCUGGUUCUUCCGGCACGCCAUACUUGUCCAUUUCCUCCGCCCCCGCCACGGUAAGAGAGAUUCCAUGUGAUUGGUUGGAUUGCGAUGAUGUGGCUGCUGGCCUCCUUGUUGAUGAAAAGCUGAUAGCAAAAUAUCUAAAGUUGCUCAAGAUCAGAUCUCAAAAUCUGAAUGGACGGUGGAAAAGAGAGAAAAUAAAUAGAGGAGGUUACUUGGGAAUUAGGAACGAGGGCAAUUAUUAUUUAUUUAUAAUUCAGUGUCUUAAUAACAACUCUAGUGGAUUAGGGGUAGGAGGGUGAUUAGUGUUUAAUUAAAGUUUAAUGAUGGUGCUGAGGAGCGUUUUAGAAGGCAGAGGCUAGAGGGGAGGGGCCCCCACUUUUGUAUUUGUUGUUGUAAAAUAUUUUAUCUUUCUCAUGUACUAAAAGAGUUUUUUUUUUUUUUCUGUA